CAGUUGUGUGUUUUCGCAUCUUCUUCAGAUCAAAUUUAUCUUAAUAUUAGUUCAGCGAGGGAUAUAAUAUCUUACAUUUUCAACGAGACAUUCAGUUGAGUUUGGAAAGGAGAAGUGCCUGGUACUACUUCAAAAUGAAAACUAAUAAAAUUCGUAUUUCGCUAAUUAUCUUAUCGUUUCUAAUCUUCGGUGAGUGUAAAAAAAAACCAAAUUGUGAGAAUGGAAAGCCAAACAUAAUUAUAAUCAUGCUUGAUGAUAUGGGUUCGUAUGAUACAAGUUAUCGAGGCUCCAAUGAAAUUUUAACACCAAACAUUGAUGCUCUUGCAUACAAUGGAAUUAUUUUGGAUCGCUUUUAUACUCCACCAAUGUGCACUCCAUCGAGAGCUUCUGUAAUGACUGGCAAAUAUCCACACACUAUUGGAAUGCAGAAUUUCGUUGUUAUCGCAAAUGAGGCAUAUGCUCUGGGUCCAGACGAAAAAUUAAUGUCUAAUUACUUCAAGGAUGGUGGUUACAGUACUCAUUUGAUUGGUAAAUGGCAUUUAGGGUUCUUCAAAAAGGAAUUUACACCAACCUAUCGAGGAUACGAUUCAUUCUUUGGAUAUUACAAUGGACUUAUUGAUUACUACAACCGCACAUAUGAUGAAAUUGCUUAUCCUCAAUAUAGUGAUGGUUAUGAUUUUCGAAGAAACAAAGAUGUGACUUAUGAGGAUUUCGGAAAAUACGCUACAGAUUUGUUCAAUGAUGAAGCUGUCAAAAUAAUCAAGAAUCAUGAUGAAAACGAUGAACCUCUCUUCAUGAUGUUAAAUCAUCUUGCACCACACACUGGCAACGAAUAUGAUUUAAUGCAAGCGCCACAGGAAGAAAUUGAUAAAUUCAAUCACAUUGAGGAUGAAAAUAGAAGAAUAUUAGCUGCAAUGAUUUCAAAGGUAGAUGAAGGUGUCGGGCAAAUUGUUGAAGCUCUGAAAGAUGCAAAUAUUUUGGACAACACGAUAAUUUUAUUCUACAGUGACAAUGGAGCUCCGUCGCAGGGAUUAUUUAAUAAUUAUGGAUCAAAUUAUCCAUUGCGUGGUCAAAAGCAUUCACCCUGGGAAGGAGCUGUACGUAAUCUUGGCUUUAUCUAUAGUCCAUUGAUUAAAAAAAAUCAACGGAUCUGGGAUGGGUACAUACACACAGCAGAUGUUUUACCAACAUUGGCAUCGGCCGCCGGUAUUCAAAUUGGUGAUGUGGAAGGCUAUGACAUGUGGGGUGCUAUAGUUAGAGACAAAAAAUCUCCAAGAACUGAAGUAAUUACCUCGUUUGAUAAUGUUUUUCAAUUUGCUUCAAUCAUCUCAGAUGGAUGGAAAUUUGUAAAUGGAACAACUUUGGGUGGAAUUUACGAUGGUUAUCUUGGAAUUAUUCCUGAAUAUGAAUUAAAACCAAAAACAUAUGCUGACAUAAUUUCGUCAUCCACAGUUGGAAAAAUUUUAGAAAAUUAUGGCAAACCUUUGACACGUGGGAAAAUAUCUAACUUACGUAGAAAAGGAAAAACCGAUUGUAACGAAAACCGAAAUCCUAUUAAUACUUGUGAACCUUUAGUAUCACCUUGUUUGUUCAACAUUGAGAGAGAUCCAUGUGAACGUCAUAAUCUCGCCGAUGAAAAAUCGAACAUGGUUGAAAAAUUCAUACAAAGAAUGGUGGAAAUUGAUGAAAACGCUGCUCCAACUCGAAGAACAUUCGUAGAUGAUCCUGCAAGUGAUCCCGCGAAUUUUGGGGGUAACAUACAAUUUGCAUACAAAAUGACUCUUAAGAAUGUAUUAGUCGGAGGUUUAAUGGUAUUCCUGGCUCAUCAUUCAGGAAAAAGUUAUUCAACUGACAAUUCAAGAAAAAUGAGAACGGAAAAACCAUCACCAGAUUAUGGACAGGCCCAUAUAGGAACGGGAAAACCAAAUGUCAUAGUUCUAAUGGUUGAUGAUAUGGGCUCUUUUGAUGCAAGUUAUCGAGGAUCCAAUGAAAUUAUAACACCAAACAUUGAUGCACUUGCAUAUAAUGGAAUCAUUUUUGAUCGUUUUUAUACUCCACCCGUUUGUACACCUUCGAGAGCUUCUGUAAUGACUGGAAAAUAUCCACACACUAUUGGGAUGCAAAAUAUACUUUCUGGAAAUGAAGCGUAUGGUCUUGGAACAAAUGAAAUUCUAAUGUCUGAUUAUUUCAAAAGAAGUGGCUACAGUACACAUUUGAUUGGUAAAUGGCAUUUAGGAUUCUUCAAAAAGGAAUUUACACCAACUUAUCGAGGAUUCGAUUCAUUCUUUGGAUAUUACAAUGGACUUAUCGAUUACUACACUCGAACAUAUAUUGAACUUAGGCAUUUCCAAUUUAGUAGUGGUUAUGACUUUCGAAGAAACAAAAAUGUGACUUAUGAGAAUUUCGGAAAAUAUGCUACAGAUUUGUUCAACGACGAAGCUGUCGAAAUAAUCAAAAAUCACGAUAAAGGCGAUAAACCUAUCUUCAUGAUGUUAAAUCAUCUUGCACCACACACUGGCAACUUAUAUGAUUUAUUACAAGCACCGCAAAAAGAAAUUGACAAAUUCAAGCAUAUUAAGAAUCCUAAAAGAAGAAAGCUAGCUGCAAUGAUUUCAAAGGUAGAUGAAGGUGUCGGGCAAAUUGUUGAUGCUCUGAAGGAUGCAAAUAUUCUGGACAACACGAUAAUUUUAUUCUACAGUGAUAAUGGAGCUCCAACAGUUGGUAUUUAUAACAAUCAUGGAUCAAAUUAUCCAUUACGUGGGCAAAAAGACUCACCUUGGGAAGGAGCUGUGCGUAAUCUUGGCUUUAUGUAUACCCCGUUAAUAAAAGACAAUCAACGAAUCUGGGAUGGGUACAUUCACACAGCAGAUGUUUUACCAACCCUCGCAUCGGCUGCCGGUAUUCAUAUUGGUCAUGUUGAUGGUUAUAAUAUGUGGGAUGCUAUAGUUAACAACAAAAGAUCUCCAAGAACUGAAGUAAUCACAUCGUCUGACAGUAUCUUCAGCUAUUCUUCAAUCAUCUCAGAUGGAUGGAAAUUUGUUACUGGAACGACAUGGCUUGGAGCUUUUGAUGGGUAUUUGGGUGCAAUACCCGAAUAUAAGGAUCAUACGAAUUUCUAUAUAAACAAAGUUUUAAAUUCUCGAGCGGGCUUGGUGCUAAGUGACUACGGGCAGCGUUUGUUACCUGAAAAAAUUCUUCAUUUGCGAAAAAAAAUUAACAUCAAAUGCAAAGAAAAAGAAAAUCCAAUUGUCUAUUGUAAACCUAGAAUAGCGCCGUGUCUUUUCAACAUUGUUAAGGAUCCAUGCGAGAGAACAAACCUCGCUAAUAAGUUUCCUAAUAUUUUAAAGAAAUUAAAUCAAAGAUUGAUUAAAAUUAAAACUAAUGCACCGCCUAACCGUCGGACACUCUUUGCUGAUCCGAGAAGUAAUCCAAAAUUCUAUAAUAACACUUGGGUCUCAUAUGGUGAUAUUUUUAAUAAGGGAUAA